AUGCAGUCCACCCGCUUUCUGGCCGCCAACAUGCUGCGCGCUCAGUCCGCGCCAACCUCAAUGCUCCGCUCCCGAGCUGUGCCUAUGCUCCGCAUGCAGCCGGCGAGGGGCUUCAAAUCUACCCCCAAGCGAAUGGUCGUUCCUAARGAAGAGCAAGCCGCACACACCAUUUCCCAGCGUCUGCGAACGCUCAAGAAGAUCCCCCCAGAGUUGAUCCCCCUUGGUGUUGUCCUGGCUGCCGCUAUCUUCGCUGCCGUAUACUCCAUAGGCCGCAAGCUCACCACCGACAAGACUUUGCGCCUGUCGAGGCAAGGAAAGCAGGCCGAUCACUAG